ACGGUCUCACAACAAACUCAAGACGAGAUUUAGAUGCUAUUCUACUUUGUCAACCUCUGAGUUGUUGCUGCAAAGUUAUAGACAACCUGAGCUUUUAUUAUAUAAGUCAAAGUGGCUUCGUGACGUGUAACAUGUCGUUUGCGAGAGUUGGGCGUCCACAGCAACACACGAAAGGAAAACGGCCUGUUCGACUCAAGAAAGCAGCAGCUCUAAAAAAAGAUUGGGUGAGCACCGUCAAUGACCUGUCUGUGUACAAGCUGUCACCUGCAGAGCUGAGCCAUCGGCAUGAGAUUCACAAGUCCCACAACAAGGCAGCGGCUCAGUGGGAGCUGAGAGAAAAAGUCCUUCAACGCCGCUUCAGACACACUGGGAGCCCUGCCCCUCUCGACCACGCCAGCCUCAACAUCAUCAGGGAGGUGUUCUCUGACCAGCUGCUGCUUCAGGAUGUGCUGGCUCGCUCUGACCGAGCCAUGGCUGUUGUCAAAGACUUGUUUGGAGAUGCUCCUCGCAGGCAGGCUGGGCACCCCAGUGUGACGAAGGCUCCAAACUGUGACUCUGACUCAGGACUGCCUGUGCUCCGAAGACCAGAUCCUCCAACUCAGCUGUCAUUGCUCAGCCAAUCGAUGAUGGACCCACAGGCUCUUAAUGAAUUUGAAGCUUCAGAGGAAGACCCCAGUGAUGAAGAUACCUGUCCUACUGGCUGUUCAGAUCAUCAUGUCAUCCACAGGGCCAAUGUAAAAAAAAUGAAGGCACAGUCUCGGAUCAAACAGCGACAGAAAGUCCGUUGUCCCAACUUCGAGCAGGCAGUCGGGGAUAAUGAUCCCGUAACGCCCUGCACAUCAGGCAGAGCAUCAGCGCAAACAGCUCUCAAUGCCACGAUGACUGUUCAGCAUCUUCGAUCCAGACAGAGCCAGUCAGAGGAAGGCAUGGAGGAACCGUCAGUCCUGGUUUCUCAGGUCCUGAUCCCUGAGAUGCCUCUCAACCAAUCAGGCAGAAUCAGUAGUCGAACCAGCAGGAACAGGAAGUGUGUCUCUCAGAGAUCAGCGUUGGAUGGCUCUUCUGUGGCGUCCCUUAGUGGGGACCAGUCCAGUCUGGGCAUGUUGCAGACCAUGCUGGGUCAGGUGGAGGCCGACUUAGAUACUCUGAUUCCUGCCACUGUACCAGCUUCAGCACAGAGUCAGAAGAAGGACAACACUCAAGGCCUCACUGGAUUCUCUGUCGCCUUGGUCUCCACUCUGGGACGCUUAGUGCAUCUCCUCAAACAGCGGGAAGAGGAAGCUCAGGAAGAGGCUCGUGACAGGAGGAUACUGGAGGAGGUGUUGCGAGAGCAGCGCCGGCUGAUUGAUGCGCUCACUGCUGAGACGAUGACUCUGAGAGAAGAGGCCGCCGCCCUGCAGGAUGGGCUGCAGCAGCGGACAGCAGAGGUGGAGCAGAAGUUGGACACAGUGGUGUUGUUGAUGGGGGGACUUGGACUACUGGAGGCCCACAUUGAGCCACCCCAGGACUCUGACGCCAAAGCCGCAUGUUCAUACACAGUGUGUCAGUCAGCACAAGUUGCUGAGCGAGAUCCUGAACAACGACAAGUCUCUGAGGUCUCUUCUGCGGUCUUGCUCUCCCCCCCUCAACAGAGAGACAACUGGCAACAAACUCCUGUAACUCACCCUGUACCGCUGCAGCAGGAACCUCCUCCUGGAGAUAUCCUGCGUUCCCGUGACAACGUCCACUCCCACAGCUCAGCCUCGAGCCUCACCAGCCUUCCUCUCACCAGCCUCCCCUCUUCUUCCUCAAUAUCACUGACCUGUGACCCUCUCAGGUCACAGCUCUCUCCAGAGGCCAUGCUGGCAGAGAUCGCUCAGCUGAACAGACAGAACGACCUGAUCAGGGCCCAGCUGAGCCAGGCUAAGCGCCUUGGGUCAGAGGUCGGAGACUCAUCUGACAGUAGCAAAGAGCAGAGGAGGUUGAGCUCCAGCAGCACAGGGAGAGUCACACCCAUGAGUGUUGGGGAGAGGAGGAUAUCAGCAUCCAGCAGCACAGGGAGAAGGAGUCUGCCGGUCCAGGCUGCUGAAGGAGAGCAGUUAACGAAUCAGGCAACAUCACCCAACACCCUCCACAUGAGCAGCGUGGAGCAGCGCCUCCUGGAGCUGAACAGGCAGAGUGCAGCGGCGAGGGGACGCCUGCUGGAGCUUAUUGAGCAACAGAAACAAAAUGUUAUCGCCAAAGUUUCUCCCUCUAAUUCCCCCAUCCCUCCCUCGGCCUUCAGCCCACAUUCUCCAGCUGCAGGAGGAAGUCCUGAGGUGUCGCUGCUGCUGCCUGAACAGAAGCUCCCGUCACAGACUGGUGGUGGUGAGAGACGAUCUGCUGGUUCUGUAGUGUCUUCUCACAGUCUUGGCGGAGAAAAGAGGGAUGGCAAAACACAGAUGGAGAAACAAGAGGGGUGGUUUGCCUUGUCCGCUCAUGUGAGAUGACAAGAGGAGUAAUUAUUCAACCCAAGUUGCUAGUAUUCUAUUCUAUACAUACAUUUUAUUUAAAUGACUGAAUUAAACGUGUUUUAAAAUUAACUUUGUGUGUUGUUUGUCCCCACUGUUUCGUAGCGCACAUUGUUACUUCACAGGAAUCGAGAAAUCUGUGUGUCAUAGAUGCUUGUUUAUUUGUUUACUUUGUAAUCCUUCACCAAUACAAGUGUUAGUUUAUGAGAUUGAAGUCAAUCAAAUUCCUCUGUUUCUUGUUUGUGGGCAGUUGCCUCUCCAAAAGCUGCUCCUAAAACAUCAGAUCCUGCAUGACGGUCCAAGCUAAGCGUCGUGAGUCGUUCUUCGUGGUUUGGUUUACUUAUGGUCUGCUUUCAUGUCUUUGAGGCGUGUUUUGAUAUCAUAGUAUGUUUGUGACGAACUUGUAUUUUUCAAAGGGAGAAGGGAAUUGCAAUUCCAAUAAGUCACAAAGAAAUAGGAUCAAGAGUGAGAGAGGAGGAAAAAGAGUUGCUUCAAACCACUUGGUCUAAAUAUGGCCUCUAGCUAUUUAUGUUACAUACACACAAACAAUUAUUUUUCUUUUCUCCGAAUCAAAUCCAAAGUCUAUGUUUACCUCGACUUCUGUGAUCCUUACAAUCAUCUCUUAUUUUCUUAGAUUUGUUUGUUCUUGUAAAUUUAUACAGACAGUUUAUUUCAACUGUGAUUUCUUUUGGGCAAAAAUAUGAAACAAUUGGCUCAUUCAGUGUUUUUCUCUUCCCCCCCUCCAUUCUCAAUCCAAGACGAAAACUCGUGUCUUGCUUUUUCACAUGAUUACUUUCUAAGUAUUACUUUCAGAGAUCUAAGGAGGAGGAACUGGUGAUGUCAACAGGGCCCUCGCACCGACCACGCCAGGUCCACUUCACGUGUCGUCAAUCUAAAGAUCUUUGGGAUUAAAAAUUAUCAAAAGCUU